UCCUCCUGCUGCUUCAUGAGACGAAACCCACUGCUUCAUGUUGUUAAACAGCCUCCGUGUCGCUUCAAUCGACCUUGUUUAAUUUUUCGCAAGCUAUCAAAAGAAAGGAAACUAUGACUGAAAACAUCUGGGCGCGGCUCAGUUUAGGGGAAAAGGUUUCGCUCGACGCUUUUUUGCCUUUUGUAUUUCCUUGCUGAUUGUAGUGGACAUUUUGGAUUUUUUUUUUUAAAUACUCUGUCAUUAAGUGUUACCUGUUGGGACUAGUUUGUGUCUGUCGUCUCCUUAAGUUUGUUGAAAGUGAAAUACUUUGCAGUGUGAGAGCAGCCGGGAACGAUAACAUUAAACUUGAGCCAGCUUUGACUUGCUUUUUUUUUAUCGCCAACGUUAGCUAGCUGCUAGCAACAUCUAUUGAACUCUCGUCAAGUCUGUAAGGCUUGCUAAUGCCCACUCCUUGGAAUAUCUUGGGGGAGCACCGUCCUGCCAGUAACGCCGGACUUCACUAAAUGACACACUGACUGCAGUUAUUUGGAUAAGCACAUUGUUGCUGUUGGAUCUGUCAUCUGUCUGUAUCCAGUGGGACCCAGGCGCUUGAGUCAUAAAUGACAAGUGCCUGAGGAUGUCCAAGCGGAACUUAUUUGUUCGAUUGGUGCCUUGCCGCUGCUUGCGGGGUGAGGAGGAGACUGUCACUUCACUGGACUACUCUCACUGCAGCCUGGAGACGGUUCCUAAAGAGAUCUUUAGUUUUGAGAAGACUCUGCAGGAACUCUUCCUCGAUGCCAACCAGAUCGAGGAGCUGCCAAAACAACUGUUCAACUGCCAGUUACUCCACCGACUGAGCAUGCCAGAUAAUGACCUAACGGUGUUGCCCCCGGCGAUAGCAAACCUCAUCAACCUCAGAGAGCUUGAUGUCAGCAAAAACAGUAUCCAGGAGUUUCCAGAAAACAUUAAGAAUUGCAAAGUUCUAGCUGUUGUAGAAGCCAGUGUAAAUCCCAUAUCCAAGCUCCCAGAAGGCUUCACCCAGCUUCUGAGUCUGACACAACUCUACUUGAAUGAUGCCUUCCUGGAGUUUUUACCAGCCAGCUUUGGCAGGUUAACUAAAUUACAGAUCCUGGAGCUAAGGGAGAACCAGUUAAAGAUGUUGCCAAAAAGCAUGCAGAAGCUCACACAGCUGGAGAGGUUGGACCUGGGGAGUAAUGAGUUCACUGAAGUGCCUGAGGUGUUGGAGCAGCUGACUGGAAUCAAGGAGCUGUGGAUGGAUGGGAACAAACUGACAUUGUUACCUGGGAUGCUGGGAAUGUUAAAACAGCUGGUAUACCUGGAUGUGUCCAAGAACAACCUAGAGAUGGUAGAUGAGCAAAUCUCUGGAUGCGAGAGUCUGCAGGAUCUCCUGCUCUCCAAUAAUGCCCUCACACAGCUGCCAGGCUCCAUUGGCUCCCUGACAAACCUGACUACUCUGAAAGUAGAUGAGAACCAACUGAUGUACUUACCGGACUCUGUUGGCGGUCUGACAUCGCUGGAUGAGCUCGACUGCAGUUUCAAUGAAAUUGAAGCCUUACCGUCUUCCAUCGGUCAGUGCCUCAACAUCCGCACAUUUGCAGCCGAUCACAAUUUCCUUACCCAACUUCCCGCUGAGUUGGGCAACUGGAAACAUGCAACAGUGGUUUUCCUUCAUUCAAACAAGCUGGAGUCUUUGCCUGAGGAGAUGGGUGACAUGCAGAGGCUCAAGGUCAUCAAUCUCAGCAACAACAAGCUGAAAAAUCUACCCUACAGUUUUACUAAACUGAGUCAGAUGACUGCUAUGUGGCUGUCUGAAAAUCAGUCAAAACCCCUGAUUCCUCUCCAGAAAGAAGAGGCUCCAGACACACACAAAACCGUGCUGACUAACUACAUGUUCCCCCAGCAAACCAGGACGAACGACUGCACAUUCAACAUUCCACACUCUGACUCUGAGAGCUUCAAUCCGACUCUGUGGGAGGAACAGCGUAAACAGCGAGCUCAGGUGGCCUUUGAGUGUGAUGAGGACAAAGAUGAGAGAGAGACGCCACCAAAAGAGGGACAUCUGAAACGUUACCCGACCCCGUACCCAGAUGAGUUGAAAAACAUGGUGAAGACGGCCCAUUCGGUGGCACACAGGCUGAAGGAGGAUGAGCUGAGUGAUGAGGCGGUGAGGGAAGCAAAAUCUAAUGAAUGGAACCACAUUGGAGUGCAGGAUGUUGGCGUUAAGGUGAUUGACGACCCGGGUACCAUUGGCAUAGCGUUGGAGGUGGAGCCCGAAGUGUCAACCAACACAUGUGCCCAAAACUCCAUAACAUCUGAAUCUAAAGACACGUUGGAGUCUUACAGCUCCCAGAACGUCCCACUCAAAUCUUCAGAGACAUCUAUGAUGAACCACGAGGACACACUGGAGUCUAUACAGGAUUCUGAGGAGUUGUCAGAUGAAGAAGAGGAGAUGAAGAUUGCUGAGAUGAGACCACCUCUUAUUGAAAUCUCCAUCAACCAGCCUAAAGUAGUGACCUUAAGUAAGGACAAAAAAGAUGAUGUAAAAGAUGCAGACUCUUUGCUGGAUGACACAGUGGCCAACAGUAACCAGAACAACAGUAACUGCUCAUCACCAUCUAGAAUGUCUGACUCUGUGUCACUGACCACAGACAGCAGUCAGGACAACUCUCUUUGCACACCAGAGCGAGAAGCAAAGAUGCCAUUUUUACCCAAGUGCAGGCAACAAGAUGAGAAUAUGAAUGAAAAUAAAGACACCACCCCUCUUCUUCAUAAUAGUAAUGGCUCAGAAACGUCUCUUCAAGCCCUGUUGAAAACUCAGCAGACCCAGCCGGACAAAGUGGGUGACUACGACCUUUCUAUGGAAGCUAGACUUGCUUUCAUAGAGAAGGGAAUUAAUAAUGGCAUGAGAGAUGCUUACACCAAGUGGGACCAGAUCAAUAUGAAUGUGACCAAGCUGCCAACUGACAACAUGGUUCAGCUGGAGGAACCUGGCAAAACCAAGAAUGGUUCAAUAGCAAAGGUGGAACUUGAUGGUAGGCAGGGUUUUAGCAAUGGCAACAUGGAACAUGUACAGAAUGGUAACCAACAGGUCAGUGACUGCAUUGAUAGUAUUGGCCAAGCAGUAAGAGUGGAGACAUCUGCUAGACAUGUGUCCUCGACAGGAGUGACAGCUAGCAGUGACAUGUCUCUCUCUCGCAGUACAGAGGAAUUGUCUCCAGAGAAACUGUGCCCUCCCCACCAGGUGGUGAAGUCUCAGAGUGUCAGCAACAUAGAAACAGGCAUGAAGCUCUACUCAUUUGAUGAUGACAGUGAAUCCUGUGAUGCAUCUGCCAUUAGGCUGGCAGGGGCCAUCCCAGGGCCCGGAGCUCAGGGCCAGAGCAUAGUCCGGAGCAAGUCGGCUUCCCUGCUCAAUGAUCAGACUCUACAAGUCUAUCCUAGCACUUCUGCGUCUUCCUCAGACCUGCUUUCCGCAUCUGCUAAAGCCCCUGCCAGCACCAGCAGGUAUCCAGUCUCCUCUAGUAUGGCCAUGGGAAUCCCUCCCCCUCAAUAUAAUAUACAGUACACAAGCAGUGCCAUGCCUAAAGAUGGUCUCCGGGCCCAGAGGACACCCAUGCCUCCAGAUCCCCAAGGAUACCUCCCUUCCUCUCCACACUCACUAGCCAACACCAAUUACUCCAACCGUAACCAGGCACCUCCUUACCCAAUGCAGCCCCAUCAGAGAGGGCUACCUGUGGGUCCUAAACCUGGGGACAUGUGGGCUAAAGAAAGACUUCAUGUAUCUAGUGGCCAGCCAAGAAGCAGCACUCUACAAAGGCAAAGCAGCGGCACCUCCACAGUUUCCAUGGGUGACUCAGGGCGCAUGCAGGUGCCUGAAGGGGAAUACAUGACAUAUAGGGACAUUCAUACCCUCGCCAGGGGGCCUCUGGCAAUGAGCCAAACCAUGCAGAGGCCCCUCUCUGCUCGCACUUACAGCAUUGAUGCAACCGGUGCCCCCAGGCCUCGCAGCAGCCGGCCGCAGCCUCAUGAGCUGCCAGAGAGAACCAUGUCCGUCAGUGAUUUCAACUACCAGCACAGCAGCCCCAGCAAGAGGCCGAACACUAGAGUGAAGUCUGAGCACUCGCUCCUAGACAGUGCACCAGGAAGGGUACCAGCUGACUGGAGGGACCAGGUCAUGCGCCAUAUUGAAGCCAAGAAAAUGGAAAAGAAUGUGCUGUCUUGGUCCUAUAAUUCCAAUUACGCUCUGCUGAGCUGGUCUCACUACGGCAGCUGUAGGGACAUGCAUGCCAGCCAUGGCUCUCUGGUGUUUAGCCCCAGAGACGGACAGCCCUUCAGAGCUCUGGGCUCCUGUGAUGAAGUGUUUGGUCCUCAGGGGCAGCAGAGCUACGCCACAGACCCUCACAGAAAAGUGCCUUUGAUGAACGGUCAGAUGGGCCCUUCUGUUCAUCCACAGAUGAGCCAGAUGUCCAUGGGUCGCCACCCUUCCAGAGAGCAACUUAUUGACUACCUGAUGCUCAAAGUCUCCCACCAGUCCCAGGGUCCCCCACGUGUCCCACACGACACACUGCAGAAAGAAAUCCGUGUGAAAGUGGAGAAGAAUCCAGAGUUGGGUUUCAGCAUAUCUGGAGGAUUGGGAGGCCGGGGAAACCCCUUUCAUCCAGAUGAUAAUGGCAUAUUUGUCACGAGGGUUCAGCCAGAGGGUCCAGCGUCCAAGAUUCUUCAGCCUGGAGAUAAAAUUAUCCAGGCGAACGGAUACAGCUUUGUGAAUAUUGAUCAUGGGAAUGCAGUGUCCCUGCUGAAAACUUUUCCAAACACUGUGGAUUUAACAAUCAUACGAGAAAUACAAGCAUAGACUCAACCGAAACCGACCUCUCACACAGGACACGACAGACAGAGAGAAAAUGAUGUUGGCUCAUAUUUUUUUAUACAGAAGAAACUGUUGUGUUCAUAACUGUUUAGACUAUUUAUAGUACAGAUCUUGGGAGCCUGGACUGAUUGGGCAAAAACCACUGGAUGUCAGGGAUCGAAGGGAGAAGAAUUGGAGCAAACAUCUGCAAGUACAAGUCCUCAAAAGGCUAUCACUGUGGUAUAUAUUUUUAUAUGAAUGAAACUGACCUGCUCUGAUGCAAAAAUGUACUGUGGUCUCUGUAUAGAACCCCCAACCCCACCCCUGGUUCAAAACUCAUUAACCUUCAUCAUGAGGUAGGUUUUAUUUGUUCAUUCUGACAUAAAAUGACAGUGACCACUAGGGGGCAGGGCUCCCUCUUUUACAUCAUUCAGUUUUCCUGUUUUUACCACCAGUUUUAAUUUGUAAAUGUUGAAAACCAUUUUCUGAUUUGCCGAAUGAUCUCACAUGUGGGACAGUGUUACGUGCUUUUCUUGUGAAGAAGAAUGUUGGAUAAGAUGGUUUUUGUUGUUUGUUUUGGGAGGAUUUUUCCCCCAUUUCUGGAACAGUUGAAGAAACCCAAUGAUGUAGAGCUGUGAAAAAUUAAUCCAUUCACCCCACCUGCUUCCAACACAACUGACAUAUCACCUGGAACCAGAGCGCUAAUCGUGCUGCCACCAGUUUGUGUAAAGGAACCGUAACUGCUCUGUUACAGAAUAGGGCUGCAACCAACAAUUACUUUCAUAAUCAAUCAGUUUAGUUGAUUACUUGUUGGGUCCAAUUUAAAAAAAAAAAAAAAAAAGGUGAAAAAUGUUGAUAGGUGUUUUCCAGAGACCAAGA